AGAUCGAGUGUGCGAAGUCAUGGAUAAGCUCACGUUGAUUUCGGCCGCGUUGUUCCUUAUGGCGGACGUUUUCGCGAUCGUGAGUCUGUCAAUGCCUGACUGGAUUGUCUCCGACGUCGGAGGUGCUACGAGGUUAGGACUCAUGUGGACGUGCUUAACGAUCCACAAGCGACCACAAGUGUGUUUCACUCCACAUCUGACACCCGAAUGGAUGUUGACUUUGGUGUGCAUUUUCAUUGGGUGCGUUUGCGUGACGACGACCGUCAUUUUGUUGGCGUCGUCUCACUGGGACGUCAACGUUGUUCCUUACGCUCGUUGGGUCGGGUUCGCAGCCAUGAUCUUAUUUUGCCUGGCUGCAGUCAUCUUCCCACUCGGGUUCAGCAUGGCGGAGAUUGGCGGAAGACCUUACCAGCUCCCCAACAGUUUUUCUGUGGGUUUCUCUUAUAUAUUCUUUGUUCUUGCUCUUUGGACAACUGUCAUAUCGGAGCUGUUUGCGAGGCGUGUGUGCUUGCCACACUUUUGAAGCUCGUGGAAGGUACCUAAGGUCAUGUGUGACUGGGAAUUAUUUGAUCUGUUCAUUGUGGAAACUUGAAUGUGAUUCGCAUUUUUGGGUAUGUGCUUAAGACAUUGGACGUGUUGAUUUUGUA